AUGGUCUGCCGUUGUUUACCUUCUGCUGCUCUCCAUACAAUACAGGGACAGGCUCUCCUUCGCUGGCAUGAAAAUAAUCAAUACUGCAGCAAAUCAGGAGAACCCACCCAGAAAAAUGUGUCUGGCAGUAAGAGAGUGUGCAGUUCUAAUGGAAUGAUCUAUUACCCGCAGAUGUCUCCAGUAGUCAUCACCCUAGUGUCUUGUGGAAACCGUUGCUUACUUGCUCACCAGGAGACCUUCCCACCUGGCAUGUACACAGCUCUGGCAGGCUUCUGUGAAAUUGGUGAGACACUGGAGGAAGCUGUUCAGAGAGAGGUAGCAGAAGAAGUUGGGUUAGAAGUUGACUCUCUUCGAUAUUCUGGAUCUCAGCACUGGCCUUUCCCUAACAGUUCCCUGAUGGUAGCAUGUCAGGCUACAGUGAAAAAUGACAAGGUACAGCUUAAUAUCAACAGAGCCGAGUUGAAAGAUGCCAGGUGGUUCAGCUUGGAUGAAGUGAUUGAAGCCCUGCAAGUGAAAAUGAUGCCUCCAAAAAUGGCAGAUGGCACCUUGCCAGUAUGGGUACCACCGAGGUUUGCCAUUGCUCAUCAUCUAAUCCAGGAGUGGGUACAAGAACGGAAGACACAGCUGAAAUUAAAGUAA